UCACCCACCAAUUCCAGAUAUUCAGACAUUCAGAUAUUUCACGCGAAAAUGCAAGCUGGGAAGCACAGCCACCCUUACACAAUAGAUGGCAAGUGUGCAGAAGCCAAGCGCUCGAGAAGCACAGCGGUCGAGGGUGCACUGGGGACCCCGACAGAGCGAAGAGGAGGAGGAGGAGGAGGAGGAGGAGGAGGAGGACCAGAGGAGGAGGAGGAGGGAUGGGGGGUGAGAAGGAGAAGCAGGCUGCUCUUGCAGGCCAGAGAACUGAACAAGGACCGACCGUCCCGGCAUUCGUACAGACGAGUCUGGGCUUUUCGCCACUGCUCGAGCACAGGGCCCACGAGCGACCCCCGCCCAGUAGGGGGGCGCUCAGGAGGGGUGACUGCAGCGAAGGAACUACAGUCGGGGAGGCGAGCGGGGGCGGGAGCGGCGCGUGAGCUCUGCCGCUCUCCCCGCCCCGCCGCCCUCGCUCUGCCGCGCGGGCGCCCGCCGCGCGCGCGCGCGCAGCUCGCCACCCCUCCGACGCCCCCUCCCGGGCGCCUUCUCUGGACCUCGUGCGCGUCUUCUCGGGUCGGGCGACAGUUUAUCUUAUACCCAUGAAGCCCAGGGCCAGUUGCCGGGGCCUGGAGCGGCUGGGGCGUGAAGCGACGACGCAAACCCGCAUGCCACGGCCCCGCGCGGCCGCAGAAGGCUCCAGGAGCGCGGAGAAGGAGGAGGAGGAGGAGGAGGGAUAAGAGAAGGAAGGAAGGAAGGAAGGAAGGAAGGAAGCUGAAUACAGGCCGCGCGUGCGGCUACGUGCCCCUACAGGAACAAGGGCCGCCGGUCUACAAGCGGAGCACGCCCCACUCCCACUCCGGGCCGCCCGCGCCCGUGGUGGGGCCCGAGCCCGCGUCCGUGGACGUGCCCGAGGCGCUGCUGGCCGCCGAGUCGGCCAGCCACGUGCCCGGCGGGGAGCCCCGCGGGGCCGCUGCGAGCGGGAGGGCCCACGCGGGCGGCACGGGGACCUCCGAUGGGUCCAACGGUGAGGUUCGAGGUUCGAGGUUCGAGGUGCUGAGGUUCGAGUUCCGGGGUGUUCGAUGGCCGUCGGUCCUCGGCGGCUUGCCAGCAUCGCGGGGGGGCCUUCCAGCGGCUGCGCCUCGCCGAGAGCGUCCCGAGCGGCCGCCGCAGGCCCGAGGUGUGACCGCCGCAGGCCCGAGGUGUGACCCGAAAACCAGAAGUGGACCACCUCA